AUGGGGGCAGUUGUCGAACUGCGCUCACGACAGAAGCGAUUGUCACAACUUGCGCGCAUGCACAUCUUUUGCGUCCCCUGUGCCGAAAAGACUGGCUUAUCUACCGCACCUCGGGACCAGCGUCGCUGUCCGGUCUGCAAAACCGACCUACCAAAUGCCCAUGACGCCGUCCGCAAUCUGGUGAACCCCCCCGAGGACUUCAAGACCAGCGUCCUCUGUGGCCUUGACCCUGCGACUAUCAUGGAAUGUACUCAGAGGGCGCUUUCGUUCUGGACAUACCAGAAUGCUCAGGAACAUGCAUAUCAGCAACACAUUGCCAGAAACCUGAUGCAGAGGUACCACCAGCUCAAUGCAGAAGUUGAAAGGAUUGUUAAUGAUGCCAAUACUCGAAUCCAAGCUCUAGAGACGCAAAAUCAGGAACUCACUGCUGAUCGACAUUCAAUGGACCAAAAAUAUGCUCAGCUUUUCGAUCAGUAUCAGGAAAAGAGCAAGAAGCAGGCACAGACUCAGAAGCUCUACGAUAUUCUGAAGCAGAAAGUCAUGUUGGAGAAAAUGCAACCACUCGCUGACGACGACGUGGCUCAGACGUUACAAUCCAUGGAUGCCUUACCACAUACCAAGAAGGAGCAGCCCAUUAUUGCCUCAAGACAAGCGGUUUAUCCACCAGAGCCUCUCAACAUUCCACAAAGGUCAAUUCCUGACUACGGCCGACUGCAAGAAGGACCAGGCCGACUCCAUCCUCAUCAGAGAUCCGGGAGUAGCGUCAGCGGCAGCGAGCAGAGAGGCAUGCUGCCACCGGAGAGACCGCGGAUAUCUAGAAUAUCAAAUCUGGUGACUACUUCAGGAACGCCUCUGCAACGAGUAGCCUUACCGGCUCACUCUCGUCUGGGUGUCAACCAAGCCGGCGUUCCAGCGACAGGGUCGCGUUCUCAGCUUCCGGCUAGCCAUCACCUGCCAGGCUGGUCUCGUCGUCAGAACAACCACUCUAGCAAAGUCAAACAUACAACCCGAAACUACAGUCCAAUUAUUUCAGGCAUGAAAGUCGGUCGAGCAGGGACCUCUGGAUCCCUAGGCUUGGGGCCAAGGUUCAGUGAAUAUGCUGUUAUGCCUGACCCCCUCGGCGCGCACUGA